AAUAACAUAAGAACAGAAGCAACUCACACACAUGAAAAAUUUCCUCUGUGAAGACGAGAAGAAAACAAGCUGUUUGCAACACGAGCAACACGAGCGUUGCUCUUGUAUCAGAUACGAUGUCAAGGUGCUCUGGCCUCUUCUGCCUCGACCCCCUGACCUUUCACAGCCGCGCUGUGGGAGAAAGCGUUCGUCUGAGCCGCGACUGUCGGCGCGCGGAGAGAACCGGCGACACGUUCCGAAACGGCCUGGUGUUCAGCAACCGCGCGGUGAAGGUCCAGGAGAGGGUGUGCGUGCGGGUGGAGGCGCAUUCGACGAGGUGGGACGGCAGUCUGCGCGUGGGCUUCACCAACGUGCCGCCCUCGGCCCAGGCCCUGCCUCUGCCCUGCAUGGCCAUACCCGACCUCACGGACCGCCCCGGACACUGGGUGGAUCUCGUGCACGAAUCCUUCUGCCAGGUGGGUUCGGAGCUGAUGUUCUGGGUCUCGCGUGGUGGCAACGUAUAUAUGAAGAGCAACAGCGUCAGAAAACGCAAACUUCUGAGUGGAGUGGACCUCGCAUGGCCGCUGUGGGCCGUGAUAGACAUCUAUGGACAGACGAGGUCCAUCUUCCUCCAGGGAUCAGUGAAGAAAAGAGGUUUCAUCACAUACAGAUCCUGUCCUGUACCUGCACCUGCACCUGCACCCUUACCCUCACCUUCACCUGCACUGUCUCAUGCUGACAACAUCAACAGUUUGACGUCCAGCGUCUCAAUUCUCUGCAAAACCCUCGACGAGUGCGACGAGUCCAGACGCAGCGAGGAAAUCCCAGUCGACAAACGGUGCGUGGUGUGUUUGGACCAGGAGGCUGAAAUCACGCUGAGCUGUGGACACCGGUGUCUGUGUCAACGCUGCGCUCUCAGAAUCUACCACCAGUUUGGCACCUGUCCUCUGUGUCGCUGUGCGAUCUCGAGGACACGUGUCUCAGUGUGUCUCAGUGUGUCUCAGUGUGUCUCAGACAUCAGCAAGUCCCUGUGAUGAUGUGAAAAACAUUUACUAAAAAAACUCCUGUGAAGAUACCGAUCAUGUAAAAUAAUGUAAAUAUGUUGAUACCUUUUUUUAUUUUGUUUCUUUUACACUGAGAUGAAGACAAAAGCUGUGAACUGUAAAUAUAGAUUUGUUGCCCUCUCUGGCUCAGAAAAAUGUAUAUUUAUUAAUUAAUAUGAAUUCAUUAUUAAUAUUUUUGUAAGAUGCUAAUAAAAGAGU